GGCCUGGACAUCCUCGUAACGCACGGGCCGCCCAGGUCGGUCCUCGACGGCGCGGGCCGCGCAGGCCACGUGGGGUGCCCCGCCUUGCGACGGCGGGUGCGCGAGGCGGCCCCACGCUACCACCUCUUCGGCCACAUCCACGAGCAGGGCGGCCGGCAGUGCGAGGAGGACGGCACCACCUUCGUGAACGCAGCGCAGCACGUCGUGGUUCUGGACAUCGAGCCGCGCG